AUGGAUUCCUCCACCCACACUCCAGGCUUUAUCAAUCGUCUGAUUAGUGAAAUAGCUCAAUAUGAACCCUCAAUUGAGAUUGAUUCUCGCAUUCAAAACGCGAAUCAAACUCAAGCCUUCUCAGGCCUCUCGCCAACCCAGAUCGCCACUCUCAAACCACUCAUGUUAACACUGCAUUGCCUCUUCCCCAACGACAUGCUCCCAGCCCUGGACAUCCUGGACCGAAAACUCGUGCGUCGAGUUGUCCGCGCAAACCGACACACCGCGGACCAAGGGGAACAUACCUCAACUCAACGUGGACCCAAAGCAACAGAAGCCAACGAGGACAUGUUCAUCGUAAUCUCUGCCUCCGUACCUCCUCGCCUGGAUGCAUCACCCCCAAGCUCCACGCACAAUCAUGAAAAAGGCUACGAGGUUCGGCUGCGUACCUGGAAUUGCAGCUGUCCUACAUUCACUAUCUCGGCAUACAGGGAACCCCAUCAAACCUUAGCACCAGCUGCAGAUGACCAACCCGAUGUUGAGACACUCCAGAACGAGUCUCUUGCCUACCCUUUCGGCGGGACGAUGGCUCGUGGUACAGCUCGGCUGUCACCUCCUGUAUGCAAACAUAUCCUAGCCUGUAUCCUGAGUGUGCGGUGCCCAGGGCUGUUUGGGGUUGGUCGGGAUGGCAGAUGUGCUAUUUCCAAAGAGGAACUGGCAGGUUGGUGUGCUGGCUGGGGUGGUUGA